AUGUCCAAAAUCUGCGACACAUGUGGAGAUUCCAUUCGUCAGGAACAGACGUUCUACCACUGCCCAGCCUGCCGCAAUGGCGACUUCGACCUCUGUGAGAGAUGCCAUUCGGAGGAUAAGCGAUGCGAUGAUGAAGAACACGGCCUUCUCCACUACAGGGUACGCGGCGACGCCGUUGUUGACGCCGAUACUGGCAAUUUGAUCCGUUACAUCGCCUGGGGUAACUGCCCUGGUUGCACCUGGGAGAAGAACGGGAAGCCCUCGGACGAUGACAGUCCUUUCCAUUACGAGCCAUUCCCGGCGGACUCAUAUAUCAGAGUCAUCGAUCUUUUCCCAGGUCCGGAUGAUCAGCCUCUGCGGUACUCUCUACACUACACUCGCCUAGACUCACUCUCAAGGGCUCAGUAUACUGCCAUCAGCUACGUCUGUGGCGAUGUGACUAUCAAGGUACCGUCCUAUUGCAAUGGCAAGAGACUCGAUAUCUACGCAACACUCGACAAGGCUCUGCGCAAAUGGAGGCGCAUCGAAAAGCAGAAUCAGCUUCGGAUAUGGGCGGAUGCUAUUUCUAUCCAACAAGAUGACAAUAAAGAGAAGUCUGCCCAGGUUGCUAAAAUGCACGAAAUCUACCGGCACGCCAAUCAGGUGUUUGUAGAUUUGGGUGAUCCACCAGAUGGAUUUGAAGCCGCCAUGGAGUUGAUCCUGGGUGCAUCCAAGAGCUUCCGAGAGGCGAACAAGGCACAAACGCGGCCCGACAAUGUUGAGUCCGGUCCGAUUCAUUCACAACGGCUCCCAAGGACUGAAGUCACUGUGGAACAGGCUCUCGCAUUGACUCGGUUCUCCGAACUGGCGUGGUUCAGGCGCCUGUGGGUGAUUCAAGAAGUCUGCCUGUGGGAUGUAUAUGGAGCUUUCCCUCCGGUAUUUCUCUGCGGUGGCCACCGAAUCGAAUGGAUUGAUCUAAUCAAUUCAUCAACGCGGUUCGGAUUGGCUCCGCUGCAAAUCAUCGAUGAUCCUGAAGUCAUGACCCCAGAACUCAGGGGCGCCUAUAUCGAGGGCACUGGUUGGAGCCCUGUUGCAGUUGCGAUCUUCCUGGAGUACUACAAAAUCCAAUCAAAACAAGGCCCUGCUCAAAAUUUACAUUGGUUUCUUCAACGAUCGUGGAAACAGGAGUCAACAAAUCCUGCUGACAAAGUCUAUGGACUCCUCGGUCUCGUCAAAGAUCAGUACACUAUCAUUCACGCGAGCGUCGCCACUCCCGACACGCAACAGCAUGGACAUUUGCAGAAGCUUGAUGGUAAAAGAGAAAUUCGAGUCGACUACGACCUGCAGUUGCCCGAGAUCUACGAGGCGGUAGCGCGACUUACCUUAGCAGAAGAAAACUCCCUCGACAUGCUCGCUGACGCAGGUUGCGGCAAGUCAAGGAGACAACCUCACUUACCCUCGUGGGUACCUGACUGGAGCAGCUACCCCAAAGAGCCAGCAUUGAUAUUAUCGUUCGGACUGGCAUCGACGGCGAACUAUCGCGCUUCGCUGGAUACGACACCUGUACUCGCCAAAGAAUUUGCUUCUGGACUGCUCGAGGUUGAGGCAUAUUUCGCGGACAGAGUGCUCAUGGAAGCUGCCCGAUGCGGUGGAGAGACCGACGUGAUUGCAGUAUCUGGGAAGGCCGCUUUGCAGGAACAUCGCAUCAUCGGCGUAAAGCAAUAUCUCUUGAGUCUGUGGUGGUGUUUUGGGGUCAAGUUCAACUCCUACCCAACGGGACACCGUCCAUUUGAUGUCUUUUGGCGCACGCUGAUCGCAAACAGAGUCAUACUAGGCAAUCAGUUAGGUGUACCACCAGCGGAAUUUGCCGAAAGCUUCCUCAUGGCGUAUCCUGAGAUUCUCGAGGUUGAAAUCAGGGACGAAAAGCCUGCGUGCAUCUGUCCUGCAUGGGCCAUUGCCGAUAAUCAAAAGCAAGUCAGUUCGGGCAAAUCAGGGGAUUGCGACAACGCUGGUCUCGGAGGCGAAACGCCUCUUCCCCUACGGGAUCGAUAUCCCCGUCCAGGCGAAUUCUUUGGGAACGAGCAACCCGCUUACGGGGAGCACUACAAUGCGGCUCUUCGGCGAUCAACAAUUGGCCGACGAUUUUUCAGGACAAGGAAAGGGUACAUGGGUAUAGGGCCAAAGAAUCUCACCAGAGGCGACCAUAUUGUCAUUUUGAAAGGAGGUUCGUUACCGUUUGUGCUGAGGCAAGCGGAUGCUGGUGACGUUGAUGGCAAACCGGUCUUCACCCUACUUGGGGAAGCGUACGUGCACGGUCUCUCUGAAGGAGAGAUAUUACACGGUUCCAAGGAUCCUGACAAUGACCCCAACUGGACGAGGAUCAUACUGAGUUGA